AUGUCGGAUCCUGGUGAUGAAACUGAUCUCUCGUUCCUCUUUCAGCUGGAGAACCUACAGAAGACGUGGCUGCGGGAGUUCUGCCAGACGGUUCAGACGCACCGGCCGCUCUUCGUGGCUCUUCACUGUCAGGAGGUCGGAGGGAAGAACUACGAGGCGUCCAUGACACACGUGGACAGCUUCAUCAAAGAGCUGCUGUCUAGUGACGCCAUGAAGGACUUCAGCCGCGCUCGUGUCUACCUCGACAAGAACUACAAAUCCCAGGAGCAGUUCACAGCACUGGGAUGUUGCUACUUCAUCCACGAAUCCUUGAAAAAUAUCCAGCAGUUUGAUUUCAAAGCCAAGAAGUUCAGGAAGGUGUUUGGGAAGGAGGUGUGUUCGGACGCUCUUCUGAGCGCAGCCACGCUGGAGAAAGAGAAGUUUCCUCAAGACUAUUUCCCUGAGAGUAAAUGGUCCAGAAAAGGCUUCAUCCGAACCCGAUGGGCGCUGGCUGACUGUGCCUUUGACCUGGUGAACAUCCACCUGUUUCACGACGCGUCUAACCUGGUGGCGUGGGAGAAGAGUCCGUCGGUUUACUCGGGAACGAGGCAGAAAGCGCUGGGCUUCGUGCUGGACAGGAUCACGGAUCAGCGCUUCGAGCGGCUGCCGUACUUCAUCUUCGGCGACUUCAACUUCAGGUUGGACUCCAAGCAGGUCAUUGAGAGUCUGUGCUCGAUGGCUAGCGUGCAGACGGUGAGAUCCGCCGACACCAAUGAAGUCGACAAACUCAUCUUCAGAGAGUCAGACAAUGACCGCAAGCUCUUAGAGUUCGACAGAGAGCUGUCUGUGUUUAAGGAGCGUCUGCAUGAGAUGGACAUCUCGUUUCCUCCGAGUUAUCCGUACAGUGAAGACUCCAGUCAGGGAAAGCAGUACAUGAACACUCGAUGUCCCGCCUGGUGUGACCGGAUCCUUAUGUCCGCCUCGGCCAAAGACCUGCUCGUAAAGCCAGAGAAUGAGGAGAAAUCAAUAACAUACGACAACAUCGGACCCAACGUGUGUAUGGGGGACCACAAGCCGGUCUACUUGUACUUUCGGUUAAGCACAGGGGCAGGUAAACCUCAUGCAAAUAAGCACAAGUGUUGUGUCGUGCAGUGAUGUGGAAAAUGGUGCCAAAGGUUGGAGAAGAUUUCAUGAAAACGUCCCUGUGAGAAGCUCCGACAUGGGUGGAUGGACACACACACACACACACACACGCAAACAGAGGACCCUGUAAAGACUUUUCAGCAGGACUGACCAGUCGCAUUUGUCCAGUGCAUGCAAUCACGUCCAUAGAAACGACACACAGAGUUCAUGAAUGCUUCACGAGUUGAGAUCAUGGACACACACACACUCACA